AUCUCAUUUAAUUAAGCACUUAGAAUCUCAAUUACCAGCUAACCCCAGUGUCUCUUGUUUCAGCUCUUUUUCCAUUACAAGCCCCUUAAAAUCCUCAACUUCCUUGCUAACCCCUUCUCCUCAUAUCUCACUGUUUCGUUAGCUUAGCUAUGGCCAUGGCUCUCGACAAUACUGUCGACCUCGAAUUUUCUGGUUAUAGCACCACCACCACAACUACGGCUACUACCGCUACUGAUCGAGAUGACCACUAUUGUAACUGGGACGACUGGUCUCCGGUGGUCGAUUGGGGCGCUUUGUCCGGUGAACAAGACGAUUUCCGGGACCUGAUUGAGUCUAUGAUGGAUGAUAGCGGCCUAAACCCAGUUCGAGCUGUUGAAGAAGGUUGCAACUCUGCAUCCACCGACACCAUGAUCACGGACGAAGAGAACGAUGGUCCGGAUUUGAAGGGGUUAAGGCUGGUCCACCUGCUGAUGGCUGCGGCGGAGGCUCUCACGGGCGUAAACAAGAGCCGUGAUUUGGCUCGGGUGAUAUUGGUUCGGCUCAAGGAGUUGGUGUCCCCCACCGAUGGAACCAACAUGGAGAGGCUGGCGGCGUAUUUUACAGACGCCUUGCAGGGAUUGCUAGAAGGCGCCGGUGCCAAGCACAUGAUCGGCAAUGGACACCAUCGAGACGAUCACCACCACCACCAUCAUCAGUCGGACGUCCUCGCUGCGUUCCAGCUGUUACAGGACAUGUCACCAUACGUCAAAUUUGGUCACUUCACCGCCAAUCAAGCCAUCCUUGAAGCCGUGUCUAAAGAGCGGCGCAUCCACAUAGUGGAUUACGACAUCAUGGAAGGGAUUCAAUGGGCGUCGCUGAUGCAAGCCCUUGUCUCCAGGAAAGACGGCCCACCGGCGCCGCACCUCAGGAUCACCGCAUUAUCCAGAGGCGGCGGAGGCCGCAGAUCCAUCGGAACCAUUCAAGAGACGGGCCGACGCCUGACGGCGUUCGCGGCGUCGAUCGGCCAACCAUUUUCGUUUCACCAGUGCAGGUUGGAUUCGGACGAGACGUUUCGACCGUCAGCGUUGAAGUUGGUGAGGGGAGAGGCCUUGAUCAUCAACUGCAUGCUGCACCUGCCGCACUUCAGCUAUCGUGCGCCGGAUUCCGUGGCUUCCUUUCUAUCAGGAGGCAAGACUCUGAAACCGAAACUGGUGACGUUGGUGGAGGAGGAGGUGGGGCCCACAGGAGACGGUGGGUUCGUGGGGCGGUUCAUGGACUCGCUGCACCACUACUCCGCGGUGUACGACUCGCUGGAGGCCGGGUUCCCAAUGCAGGGACGGGCGAGGGCGUUGGUGGAGAGGGUAUUCCUGGGGCCAAGGAUAGCAGGGACACUGGGGCGAAUCUACUGUGGGCGUGGGGGGCAGGAGGGUGGGAGUUGGGGGGAAUGGUUGGAAGGGGCAGGGUUCAGAGGUGUGGGCAUAAGCUUCGCGAAUCACUGUCAAGCAAAGUUGUUGUUAGGACUAUUCAACGAUGGGUAUAGGGUGGAGGAGUUGGCAAACAAUAGGAUGGUUUUAGGCUGGAAAUCCCGCCGUUUGCUCUCUGCUUCUGUUUGGUCCGCCUCUGAUUCUGAUUUAUUAAAUUAGCCCCCUUUUUCUUCUUCCAUAAUUUUCUCAUUUUAUGUUCCUCAAAAUAGUUUAAAACAUCUUGUGUUAUUUGAUUUUGAUUUAUCAAACUUUACAUCUGGGAAGCACAGUCCCCGCUCCUACUCUGUAGUCUGUACCCCCUGCUCUCUUCUUCAAGUUUUAAACUAUUUCUUUGGCCUUCUAA